UCUCCUCUCUCUCUCUCUCUCCCUCUCUCUCACUAAAAACCCAAAAACCCAAACCGACUCCAUCCCUCUCUCUCUAGAAUCUCCAUUUUUCGCACUCUGUGAUUGCUCCAUCACCAACACAUAUACUUCUCAUUUGAUACCAAAACCCCAUCACACGGAGAAUCUAUCAAAAAAAAAAGAAAAAAAAAAUGAGGUCGAUCGCCUCGCGCUUGAUCCUCCGCUCUUCUCCCUCCCUCUCCCGAUUCCGUUCAUCAGGUCAGUGGAGUAGUGGAAGAGCCUUUUCUACUGAUACUUCCAAUGACCAGAAUCGUGUCGACGAACCCUUCAAAGUAGAGGAAGCUGAGACAGUAAAAGCUCCACCACCACCUUCAGAUAAGUUGCUUGUGUUGGGCGGGAACGGAUUUGUUGGUUCACAUGUUUGCAAAGAGGCUUUGGAUCGAGGCUUGUCUGUUUCUAGCCUUAGCAGAUCUGGAAGGUCAUCUAUACGCGAAUCUUGGGCUGAUAAAGUUGAGUGGCAUCAAGGUGACCUUCUUGUACCUGAUUCAUUGAAGGAUGUUAUGAAUGGCGUUGCUGCUGUGAUAUCAUGUGUUGGAGGUUUUGGGUCAAAUACUCAAAUGUAUAAAAUCAAUGGAACUGCAAACAUUAAUGCUAUCAGAGCUGCAGCAGAGCAAGGUGUAAAAAGAUUUGUGUACAUUUCAGCUGCUGAUUUUGGUUUGGCAAAUUACCUGUUGCAAGGUUAUUAUGAGGGAAAGAGAGCUGCUGAAGCUGAGUUGUUGGCGAAAUUUACUUAUGGAGGCGUAAUACUCAGGCCAGGUUUCAUUCACGGGACUCGUCAAGUCGGGAGCAUGAAGAUACCUUUGGGCCUUAUCGGAUCACCACUCGAGAUGAUCUUGCAGCAUGCAAAGCCACUCAAUCGACUUCCCGGGGUCGGUCCGCUGUUCACGCCGCCCGUGAGCGUCACCGCGGUCGCAAAGGUUGCAGUGAGGGCCGCAACAGAUCCUGUGUUCCCUCCGGGUGUGGUCGACGUUUACGGAAUCCUCCGGUUUAGCGGGCAAAAGUGACCGCCGUGCCCCUGCUAGGAUCAAUAAACUACAGGAUCAAUAAACUACAUGACCUUUUAGUUACAUUUUGUUUUCUCUUCGGUUCUUUCGAUGCGGCAAAAGUAAAUAAAUAAAUAAAUAGUUGGGCAUGGUAUGUUCCCUGAUGUAUUUUCACAUCUAACCUGCAACUCUCAUCACAGUGGUGCAAGAUUGGUGCCAGUAUGUUUCAAAACCUGUUUUUUUUGCGCCUUUUUUUUGUUGUUCCACAUAUUUGUAAUCAUAUUUCAAGAUUAAAAUAGGGCGAAGAUGAAGUUUUAAAGUUUUUUUAACUUUCAUAAUUGUGCCACAUUUUUGGUUAGUGGGAUAUUUAGUUUGAACU